UUGAUUCGUGAAGAUGAUAGAGUUAAAUGGAAGGAUAUCCGACAUAGGUAUACUGCUUUUGGUUGGAAAAUGCCGUGUCCAGAUGUAGACACCGUGAUCAUUAACACAUCCCAUGGCCAUAUUCAAAUUAAAUGUGAUGGAGAAACAAAGGGCAUCAUUCUCGACAACCUUUUGAAGUGUCCCCAGUACGUUGGUUUUGGGGCGAAGCCAGGGAACGAACAUAUAGAUUUAUUGAUAAGACAAGAGGGCAGUGGAGUCGAACAUCUGCUAAAGACGUUGUUCCCAUUGUUAAUCUACACAGGCGAAGACAAGCGCAAGGCUCGGAAAGAAUUGGCUGAGCAAUACUACGUAAAAGAAAAGGAUGCGAUGCGAGACAAUUCGCUAUAUGGUAGGACAUUGUGUCUUGUGCGUCAACCUCAAAAUAAAGAUGCACCGAGUUUAUGUUUGCCGCAAAAGGUCAGCGACGUCAAUUGCAAGGCAUCUUCAAGACAAGAACGUGCAAUAGUUGAAGCUGAGGAGGACCAUGGAGCUGAGCGUGGUCCCAUCCAACACGAUGACAGGACAUCAUAUAAGGACAAUGAAUCUUCUGAAGACGUGCAUGGAAAUGAUCAUAUGUCGAAUUACUCUUCCGAACUUGAUUCUAAUCCAAAUAAACUGCUACGAAAAAAGAACUUAAGACAAUAUACUCAAGAUAGUUCUAAUAGCUUGAAUGACAGCCUCAAAACGGGCCAAGUGGAGGUGGAAAAUAUUUGGGUAGGCUUUGUAGGCGAAGAAACUGUCAAUUAUUCAAUAGAAACUGAACCGGGAUCGCAUUCUGAAGAAAAAAUCACAGAACCUAAGGGUACAGAUAGCGGGUACAUCAGUGGUCCCAAACCAUUGGUGGGUAUUGAUUUUCAAAUUGUUGACAGGGGAAACUUUUUAGGGACCAAUAAGUUUUAAACAUAAAGGCCAGUGUGCCUGACAUGGGUUGGUGGGGAAACCCCUGACAUUGAAAAUAGGACCAUAGCACAUGCUUAUACCUUUAGUCAUCGGACAAAAUGGAUGCAGAAUUGUUUGUUAUAGAGAAUAGUUUUAAGAACUAUGAAUUGUUUAUCUAGAUAUACAUAUACGCGGAUAUUUUUUAUACGAAGUUUACAUUUAAUGAAAUACAAUUAUUACAUGGGCGUAGGCAGCUUUCAUGCAGUCAGGAUGAGGGGGGAGCGGUUUUCAGUCAGGGGGUUCGAUUGUGGCAUAAACACGCCAAAGAAUUAAGAUUUAUCUUGAAUUUUACAAAAAUUGAUGCAACUUCCUUCAAAAUUGAGCUAGAAGCUUCAUAUGAAAAGCAUUUUAAAGUUCUUUU